AUGGGCUUUAGCAAUGUGCUGGACGACAGCACAUUUUCGCAAUUUGAAGCAGGGCCACCACGUGCAGGUAGCAAUCAGACUCGUAUACGUGGCCCCGUGAUUCGCUUUAACGACAACCGUUGGACCAGAGCCGUGAGCGACUGGGUUCCACACGAUAUCAAGCGCACUGCAGCAAGACCGCCGAUCCGAUUGUCAAACUUCUUCACAAGGUUCUUGGUCGAAAAAUUCGAUGCUCUUCGUGUCCCACGUGAAAGGAGAAACCGAAAUUGGACGACUCUGGCACGCGAUCGGGACAAGUGGACGGAUUACUGGCGCUCGCUCGACCAGGUCGAAGAAGAACGGGAGUCAAGCUAA